AUGGCACCCCCGUCUCCCUUCCUCGCUCUCCCGCGAGAAAUCAGAGAUGCGAUAUACGAGCACUACGUCGCAAUCCCGAGCGGAUACGUCUGCGAUCCUGGUCGAUUCGCCGCAAGCGUGCUUGAGCGUAACGCCGCAAGCGCGCGAAAGAUCAAUAUCGCCGGUCUGUUGAAGGGCACCAACGACCAGCCCAUCGACCUGAACCUCUCCUACACCUGCCGCCUCAUCGCAACCGAAAUGCAUGGAGUGGCACUGCGUAUCAAUCCUAUUACUUUCACGACCGUCUACUCUGACCACCUUCGCAUGCUCGCUUUGCGUUUUGACAUGUUGCUAGGGGAGCUGGAAUGGCACCAAAAGCAUCUGUUCUAUUCUGCCUGCCAUACUAUUGCCGAGAAAGAAUCCUACAAAGAACUGAAGUUAACAUAUCCGCAGUUCGCUUUCCUGCUGAAUGCGAUCGGAGAUGAAGGCGAUGAAUUUCGUGACGGCGAUCUAUAUCAACUUGAGUCGUUUGGCGAAGCACCUUCGGCCCUGUCGAAAUUACUCAAGCAAGGACUUCGACAUGUCGUAUGCUUAGACACCGGUCGCGACGCUCUUCGCGGCGUCUACGCCCGCGUCGAAUCAUACAGACGCGAUAUGAAGAUCCAUGACAUUGACGGUAUGGCUAAAGACGCGUCAGAGUUCUGGGACAUUCAACAAGACAGCAGACUCCAGGCCAUGGCUGCUUACUGGCCCCAUGGGGAGAAGACUGGUUAUAUUGAGGACGUGAUUACAAAGAGAGAUCGAGUCAAGCACCGCUUCUCAGCAGCUGCAGCUGCGAUUCUUUUCAUGGAGUCUUGCGAUCGAACGUUACGAAUGCAGCUGCGUAAGAUUGUUGUGCGCGAAGAUCGCAAGGCGCGCCGGGUUGACCUGUGGAGGAAUGCUAUCCAAUCUGAAUCUCACUACCGGCCAAACCGCCAUCACCCGAUGUGGGUUAUCGAAUCCGACGUCGUCAGCGACAACAUACUGGUUUGGAUCCUGGAAGCUUUGGCGCUUGCGCCUGCAGGCAUGCCAGGCAAGUCCUUCUCCCUCGUUCUGGACGCUGAGCCAGCACCCCAUCUGAUGACCCAAAUGUUCCAGGCAAUUGUCCAGCGCGACGCUGCCUGGCAACAAGCCUGGGACGAAUCAGUAGAAAGGGGCAUAAUCAAGGAACCAUCUUGGUUGGACGGUGAUCCGUGGGAUGAAUGUUAUCCGAGCUACACCUUCAAGCAUCUUCCACGGGCACUGCAAGACAUCGCCGACGAGAAGUCGGUUGUGCAAUGCAACUUCGACAUUGGUGAGCGGUGGGACUUUGAGAGAAUGGUUCGUGAGCACGAAGGCUGGAGUCACGCCAGCUGGGCUAAGGGUUGGGCAGAUGAACGUGAGCGCAAGAUCUGGGAAACCGAGUCUCCGUUGCCGUCGUGGAAAAGUAUAUUGGAGGAGAACCUGCUCCCGGUACCUGACGAUCAUGUUCACUUCAGCUAUUCUGACAGAGGACUCGAUCUCUGA